AUGAGAGAGGAGAGCGGCCCAUGGAGAGGAAAAGAAGACGAUGGCGGUGAACGCUGGAAAGAUAUCAAAGGAGAUGAGGGCGAUAAAUCAACGAAACGAGAGGAGGAUCGCGGUCGUGCUUUGUCGGCUCGUCGUAUGCCAAGUCGUGAGCGUAGUCCUCGACGUCGUUCACGUGAAAGAGAUGGCUCUCGUCGGAAUUAUCGAAACGACCGGAUGGUGUAUAUAUCAAAUAUUCCAUACGAUGUUCGUUGGAUGGAAUUAAAAGACUUAGUUAGAGAGAAAGCUGGAGAGGUAAAUUUUGUUGAAAUAUUGGAAGAUCGAAAUGGAAAGUCAAAGGGAUCUGCAGUUGUGGAAUUCCGUGAAAAAGAUUCUGUUCAGCGAUGCGUAGAAGCGCUGCAUCGUUACCCACUUAACGAUCGUAUGCUAGCAGCUAAAGAGAUACGGGAUCCAAUAGCGUUCUUCCGUAAAGUAAAAGAAGAUACGGGAGUUGACUUCAUGAAUAAUCUUCAUGGACGUAGUCCGGCGGAUAAUCGUUCACGUCGCGAUGAACCGUUCGAAACAUAUGGUUUGAGUCCUACCUUCUUGCGUCAACUCUUCAUUGAUGGCCCUCUUACAAAUCGAGUUUUUGUUUCUAACUUGCCGUAUAAUGUGCAGAGUGGUCGUGUUCAUGAUAUAUUCGCACUGGCUGGUAAAGUGACGUGGGUUGAUUUGCAAUUGGAUAAGGAAGGACGUAGUAAGGGAAUGGCUGUUGUACAAUUCUCACAUCCCAUUGAAGCCGUACAAGCGAUAUCAAUGCUGAAUAAUCAGCGUCUAUUCGAUCGAUUGAUGAAUGUGAAAAUGGAUCGUUUCGAGCCGUUCGAUGAUCGGCGUGAUGGUGAAUUACCGAUCGGUUUGCGUGGUGUAGGUAUGGGGUUGGGUGCGAACGGCGCACCUCUAAGUGAUGUCUCCUCAAUUAUCUCAACUCUCAAUUCAUCGUCGAAUCCUCAGAAUGCAACAUCUGCUUCUGGCAAUAACUCAUUAGAUAUUGGUAUUGCCCAAUCGUCAUUUUCUUCUUCGCAGCCACCUUACCAAUCGACAAGCAAUUACUCUCAUUCAAAUUCAACGAUACCAUCAUUACUACCAUUACCGUUCUCUUCAUUUACACCUCCAAGUUCCUCAUUCAAUUCGAAUAAUAUGUCAUUCACACCGUCGUCAUUUCAAUCAUACUCCUCAGCUCCAUUCACUUCACGUUCAAUUCUCAUCAAAAAUUUACCACUCGAUUACACAUGGCAAAUAGUGCGCGAUAGAGUGCAGCAAUUUGGACGGCUCGAAAUGACCGAAAUGAUUGCUCCGGGUUGUGCGAAAGUAACGUUUAUCGUUGCUUCAGAUGCGGAACGUGCGCGUAAAUCGCUUCAGAACACAACUGUCGAAGGACGCACCAUUGGUGUUGAAUUCCUCUCCUAA